GUGGGCUACUACACCCAGGUGCUGGGCCUCGGCACUUGGCCCAGCGACGUGCGCUUCACGGGGCACCAUGGCAUCUUCGGGCCCAGCGAGGAGGACAACAACAACUUCAACACCUUUUGGAAGGCGGCUGAGAACUUGGCGAACCAGCCCACUUCAGGACGCAGCAUUUGGUCGGUGUCACAGGCAGCGCCCCUUCGACGUGUCCAGGUCAGUGGCCAUUCGGCAGCCAUAGACCAACAGCGCUGUCCCUUCCAAAGGCAGUGGCGGAUUUAUCGCCGACGUCCAGGUCGAUGGGACUUUGGAUUUAGUGCGGCAGCAGCAGUGGCUGAUCCGAAACUGCAAGGUGCGGAUGUGAAUGGCACGCGCUACUUCCAGUCAACACCUCGUGCCGUGAACUUUGUCUACCUGGGCACCACCGGAUCUCCAAAAUCAUCUGGAAACUGCACAGAUUCUGGCAGGAAUCCAGUCUCACCCGUUCAAGUGGAGAAACCCUACAUGAGCAUCAACGCUGAUGGCAAGUACUAUCUCCACAUUCCGCAGCCCAUCUUUUCGGGCCACGGCGUCAGCUGGGAAGCUCGAGACGACCACAACGACCACAACGACCACACGCAGCGCGUGAGUUUUGAGAAGGUCUUCGUGGCCAGCAAUGAGACGAAGCUGGCGGUGAUCAACGCGAAGUUGGCGGCCGGCAAACAUGUGAUUCUGACGCCUGGAAUUUACCAUCUCAGUGCUCCCAUCAGGAUUGGUUGGAAUGAGACAGUGCAGCAGCAGGUCUUACUGGGCCUGGGUAUGGCGACUUUGAUCCCCACAGCUGGUACGGCGGCAGUGGAAAUUGGUCCAGCACUUGGCGUCCGCGUGGCUGGAGUGAUGCUGCAAGCAGGGCAGAACCACUCCAAGAACUUGUUGUGGUGGAGCCAGGGGGGUGAUCCAAAGAACCCAGGGCUUCUGUCAGAUGUCUUUGCACGUGUGGGAGGCCCGGAUACUUCAAAGGUUUCGGCUGAGGUAAUGAUCGCAGUCAGCGGGAGCCAUGUGGUCAUGGACAACGUCUGGGCCUGGCGUGCCGACUGCUGCCAGAAUGGUUGUGGCACCUGUGCAGUGAGGUACUGUGACCACGGAGUGGUGGUGAAUGGUGACCACGUCACGUCCUAUGGACUUUUCUCUGAACACUGUCAGAAAGACCUGCUGGUGUGGAACGGCGAGCACGGCCGAAGUGUGUUUUUCCAGAGCGAGAUGAACUCCUUUGCUCGUGAGCCCUGGGACGAUACGCCCAACUAUGGGGAGAACGGUGUCAGCGGAUACCGCGUCAACGCCCAGCAUCACGUGGGCAUGGGUAUCGGGGUCUAUGCCUACUUCCUCCAGCCGGGCAACGUUGUGGCGGCUGGUCACUGGGCGGAGUCGUAG